AUGUUGCCCAGGUAUAAAGCCAGGAUCUUUGGGCCCUGGCUUCAUUUGGAGUUCAGCCACCAAGAGGAAACCUUCCUCUGGGUCCUGGAGUAUUCGGCCUGGAGUUGGGAAUUUGCGAGUUGCUGCUCCAGGGCGCUCCCUGCUGAGCUUGGCAGCCUGCCUCUUCGCCCAGCCUUUCCUGGCGUCCCCACGCAGGGCGCAACCUCUAGAGAGGAACGCGGGUCUCACCGCCAGCGGCCAGGUCAGCGCCAGUUCCCCGGCCCUGCUCUGGGAGCCGUGAGCUGCGGCCCUCCCCAUCCCAACGUGGACGGCAUGAUCACCCUCAAGGUGAACAACCUGACCUAUGGAACCUCUCCCGACAGCCCGAGGCGCGUGGGCGACAUGUACAUCCCGCGGGAGCCCCACACCAAGGCGCCCCGGGUCUUUGCCUUCUUCCGCUCCGACUAGCGCGAUGUGGAAGUUGCCGAGGCCACAGUGGAUGCUGUGGGGCUGCAUGGAUGUGAGCUGCAGGUGCAGGUGUCUCGCCAUGGCCGCCGGGGGGGACCCCGCAGCUGGUCCCGGGGCGGUGGCUAUGGACCGUGGAGCAGACCCAGGAGGCGACACCACAGCCGAUCUCGGGGUCCCAGCUGCUCCAGGUCCCUAAGCCAAUCUCCCUGCAGGAGGUCUUGCUACAGUCGCUCUCCCUACAGCCAAUCUCCCUACAGAGGAUCUCGCUACAGAGGAUCUCGCUACAGAGGAUCUCGCUACAGAGGAUCUCACUACAGAGGAUCUCACUACAGCUGA